GGAAUUUUUGUUAUUUCAGUGAUAUUUGGUUGGUUUAAUUUCUUUUAAAGUUAUUCAGGGACCCUCCCCCCUGGAUCUGAAUAAAGAAUUGCCUUAUCAAAGCACAAUGAAAAGGAAAGUCAGAAAGAAGAAAAAGAAGGGAACCAUUACAGCCAAUGUUGCUGGGACAAAGUUUGAAAUUGUUCGUUUAGUAAUAGAUGAAAUGGGAUUUAUGAAAACUCCAGAUGAGGAUGAAACAAGUAACCUUAUAUGGUGUGAUUCUGCUGUUCAGCAGGAGAAGAUCGCUGAGCUGCAAAAUUACCAGAGGAUCAACCAUUUUCCAGGAAUGGGGGAGAUCUGUAGGAAGGAUUUCCUAGCGAGAAAUAUGACCAAAAUGAUCAAGUCCCGACCUCUGGAUUAUACUUUUGUUCCUCGAACAUGGAUCUUCCCUGCUGAAUAUACACAAUUUCAGAAUUAUAUGAAAGAAUUGAAGAAAAAAAGAAAGCAGAAAACUUUUAUAGUAAAGCCGGCUAAUGGUGCAAUGGGUCACGGGUACGUAUUUUUCUUUGGAAUAUAUAAAAAGGUAAAAAAAUUUUCAGAGAAAGAUUUAUUCGAGGAUAACGACAACAACAACCAUAAGAAUAUGGAAAGACUAAGAUACAAGAUGCCCAACAUGGAGCACUUUCAUAAAGUGACUGCAGUCAUUCUGCGCCCGGCACACCCCGGGCGGCACUGCUGUACCCAGUUGUACAUGCAUCUGACAAACUACUCCGUGAACAAGCACAAUGAGCGAUUUGAAAGGGACGAAACUGAAAACAAAGGUAGCAAACGUUCCAUCAGAUGGUUUACAGAAUUCCUGCAAGCAAAUCAACAUGAUGUUGCCAAGUUUUGGAGUGACAUUUCAGAAUUGGUGGUAAAGACUCUGAUUGUAGCAGAACCUCAUGUCCUGCACGCAUACCGAAUGUGCAGACCCGGUCAGCCUCCAGGAAGUGAAAGUGUCUGCUUCGAAGUCCUGGGGUUUGACAUUUUGUUGGAUAGAAAACUAAAGCCAUGGCUCCUGGAGAUCAACCGCGCUCCAAGCUUUGGUACUGAUCAAAAAAUAGAUUAUGAUGUAAAAAGGGGAGUGCUGCUAAAUGCACUGAAGCUACUAAAUAUCAGGACCAGUGAUAAAAGGAGAAACUUGGCUAAACAAAAAGCUGAGGCUCAAAGGAGGCUUUAUGGUCAAAAUUCAAUAAAAAGGCUCUUACCUGGUUCCUCGGAUUGGGAACAGCAGAGACACCAGUUGGAGAGACGGAAAGAAGAGUUGAAAGAGAGACUCGCUCAGGUACGAAAGCAGAUCUCAAAAGAAGAACACGAAAAUCGACACAUGGGGAAUUAUAGACGAAUUUAUCCUCCUGAAGAUAAAACACUACUUGAAAAGUAUGAAAAUUUGUUGGCUGUUGCCUUUCAGACCUUCCUUUCAGGAAGAGCAGCUUCAUUCCAGCGAGAGCUGAAUAAUCCUUUAAAAAGAAUGAAGGAGGAAGAUAUUUUGGAUCUUCUGGAACAAUGUGAAAUUGAUGAUGAAAAGUUGAUGGGCAAAACUGCCAAGCCUCGAGGACCAAAGCCUCUGUCUGCCAUGCCCGAGAGCUCCGAGAUCAUGAAAAGGCAGAAAUACAGCAGCAGUGACAGCAGCCCCGGGAGCGGCAGCAGCUCCUCGGAGUCGGAGGACAGCGAGGAAGACGAGCACCGGAAUAAGAAAAAAGAAAAGCAGGUCACCUAUAACCUUAAACAGCCCAACCACUACAAAUUAAUCCAACAGUCCAGCUCCAUAAGGCGCUCGGUCAGUUGCCCUCGGUCCAUCUCUUCCCCGUCGCCAUCCAGUGCGGACAACCGCCCCUUUUCUGCUCAACAGAUGAUAUCAGCGUCCCGGCCGACUUCUGCGUCUCGGUCACAAUCUUUAAACCGUGCUUCCUCCUACGUGAGGCCUCUGCCUCCGAGUAACGAUGGCAGCUCUAACCCUCAGACGAGUGAGUCUUUGCGGCAACUGAGAACGAAAGAACAAGAAGACGAUCUAACAAGUCAGACCUUAUUUGUUCUCAAAGACAUGAAGAUCCGGAUUCCAGGAAAAUCAGAUGCAGAAUCACUACUUCUGAUAAAAGAUAUCAUUGAUAACUGGAAGUAUCAUAAAACAAAAGUGGCUUCAUAUUGGCUCAUAAAAUUGGACUCUGUAAAACAACGAAAAGUUUUGGACAUAGUCAAAACAAGCAUCCGUACAGUUCUUCCACGCAUCUGGAAGGUACCUGAUGUCGAGGAAGUAAGUUUAUAUCGGAUUUUCAACCGGGUUUUUAAUCGCUUACUCUGGAGUCGUGGCCAAGGACUGUGGAACUGUUUCUGUGAUUCAGGAUCCUCCUGGGAGACUAUUUUCAGUAAAAGCCCGGAGGUGGUGACUCCUUUGCAGCUCCAGUGCUGCCAGCGCCUGGUGGAGCUCUGUAAACAGUGCCUGCUAGUGGUUUACAAAUAUGCAACUGACACAAGAGGAUCGCUCUCAGGCAUUGGUACCGAUUGGGGUAAUUCCAGGUAUUUACUACCAGGAAGUACACAAUUCUUCAUGAGAACACCAACCUACAACUUGAAAUACAGUUCACCCGGAAUGGCUCGCUCCAGUGUUUUGUUUACAUCCCGAUAUGGCCAUUUGUGAAACAGAAGGGAAGAUCGCCAUGGGUUAUGCAUAAUAGCAAUUCAUUUUUCCCCCAAGUUAACACUGCAAAGACAGUGACCAUUAAGUGCUGUUUUAUGUAUAUAUGACAUAUAUAUAUAUGUGUGUGUGUGUGUGUGAAAAAAUAUACACACAUGCACUCAAAUAACAUAUAUUUAUUAUAAUAUAUGAAAGAAUUAGCAGAAAACUGGAUAUAAGAUUUAACCUUUCUGAAAAUGUAAUAAACCAUGUUAAAAUUGUUUACACAAAUAUGUGAAUGUCUAGAAUUUGCUAGGUUUGUAAGUAAUACCUUCCUACUAGAAAUGUUAUUUUUGCUGCAGAGUAUAUAAAACAAAAUUGAUCUUGAAGGUCCCAUUACAGUGUUAAAUUAUUUUCUAGAUAACACAUCUUUUGACUUAAAAAAGCAUUACUAGUAAAUUACCUUAUUAAUUUCCUUAUAUGUGGUAGCCAUUUAAAAU